GAUGGUGAAGGAGGAGAGUGAAGAACUGAGUGACGAUGAGGAGGAACAUCAUGUCAAAAGUGAAACUGAAACUCACUCAAAUACUGACCAUGGAACGAAUACGAGAAGUACAGAUGUAACAAGUUUCACCUGUAUUCAGUGUGGAAAGAGUUUCACUCAGAAAUCCGAUCUCAGGCGUCACAUGAUGAUCCACACCGGAGAGAAACCUUACAAGUGUUCACACUGCGACAUGAGAUUCAGUCAUUCUGGAAACCUGACAAAACAUGAGAGGACUCACACUGGAGAGAAACCGUAUCACUGCACUGCUUGUGGGAAGAAUUUCACACAAUCAUCUUCUCUACGAACACACCGAAAAACCAUUCACAAUGGGAUGGUGGAGGAGCGUGAAGAUGUGGAGAAACGUCGUGUCAGAAAUAAAAAGAAAACUCCCUCAAGUACAGAAAAUAGAAUUGUGAUUAAAAGAACCCCAGAAAGUUUCAUCUGCGGUAAGUGUGGAAUGAGCUUUGUGCGCAGAUACCAUCUCACGCUUCACAUGAAGAUCCACUUUGAAGAGAAACCCUGCAAGUGUUCAUACUGCGACAAGAGAUUCAGGGAUUUGAAAUACCUAUUAAGACACGAGAGCCUUCACACUGGAGGGAACCUGUUUCACUGCAAUGUUUGUGGGAAGGGUUUCACACUAUCAUCCUCUCUACGGAGACACAAGAAAACCAUUCACAACCUGGACGUGACGGACGAGAAGGUCCAUCGGAGAGUUUAUAAAAAGGAGAAAAGUUAUUUAUGCUCUUGGUGUGGAAAGAGCCUUACACAGCAGUCGAGUUUAAAAAUACAUGAGAGGAUUCACACCGGAGAGAAACCGUACUCAUGUACUUUGUGUGAGAAGAGUUUCAUAUGUGCAUCACAUCUGAGGCAUCACACGAUGGUCCACACUGGAGAGAAGCCACACAAGUGUGAUCAGUGCAGCAAAACGUUUGUUAGUGCUUCAGAGCUGAAGGACCAUCUUAGAGUUCAUAGCAAGGAGAAGCCUUUUUCAUGUUAUUUGUGUGAAAAGAGUUUUAACCAUCGGUCAAAUUUAAGAUACCAUCUAAAGAUCCACUUUGGUGUGAAAAAGCAUGCGUGCCUUGAGUGUGGGAAGACUUUUGUUAGAGCUGGAGAACUGAAACAGCACCAGACGACUCACACUGGAGAGAAGUCGUUCACAUGCACUCAGUGCGGGAAGGGUUUCACACAGUUAUCCAAUAUUAAAAAACACAUGAGGAUCCACACCGGAGAGAGACCACACAAGUGUGAUCAAUGCAGCAAAGCAUUUCUCACUGCUUCAGAGCUGAGGAUCCAUCUUAGAGUUCAUACAAAAGAAAAGAUGUAGUCACGUUCUCCGUGUGGAAAAGUUUCAGAAAGGGUUUCCACAGGUCAUGUUAUGGUUAGUCUAGUCAUUUUAUUUCUUUUCAAAAGUGAAAGUGAAAGUGGGGUGAUGCUGUAAACUAAGACAUCAACUUGCAGUCACUGAAGCAGUCAUCAGACUGUACCUGUUAAACACAGCAAAACCUUGCAGGAUAAUAUAAAUUUAACACUUUGCAGGCAACACGAUGGCUCAGUGGUUAGCACUGUUACCUCACAGCAAGAAGGUUGCUGAUUUGAGUCCCAGCUGGGUCAGUUGGCAUUUCUGUGUGGAGUUUGCAUGUUCUCCCCGUGUUGUGGUGGGUUUCUUCCGGGUGCUCCGGUUUCCCCCACAGUCCAAACACAUGCGCUAUAGGUGAAUUGGUUAAACUAAAUUGACCGUAGUGUAUGAGUGUGAAUAAGCGUGUAUGGGUGUUUCCCAGUACUGGGUUGCAGCUGGAAGGGCAUUCUCUGUGUAAAACAUAUGCUGGAUAAUUCGCUGUGGCGACCCCUGAUGAAUAAAGGGACUAAGCCAAAUGAAAAUGAAUGGAUGCAUAACACUUUGCCUUCAAAAUGAUAACUUCAGAGAGUAGAUUUUAAAAAGCAGUAUGUAAAACUACCAUCAAGCUAUCUGUUAUGGGAGUGGGAGCUCUUUACAGCCGCAAAAAUUGUGAGUUCCUCCGUUUUCAUCGAAAUCUGAAGUACAUUAUCCACUGUUCUCAUAGUGAUUCUUACAUAUUAAGUCAUCUAAAAUAAUAUCCAAGGUAAUUCAAGAUGACCAUAAUAAUAUGCAAAGCACAACAGCGGCGUGUUUACAAUAGGUCAUGGAAAUUAAGCUUUUUAAUCAGUGAAAAUCAGGGAAUUUGAUAUUUGGUUUAAUGUGUGAACCCUGUCCUAAAAGCAUAAGAUUUCACUGUUAUCGUUUGUAUGAUAAAGAAUUCCAGUCAUUUGUAAAUAGGAUCAAGUAGUGGUGUAACGAGAUGUUAAACUGUGAUGAUGUGGUCAAAAUGAUCAUCACUUUUUUUUUCUUUGCUUGUGGAAUAUAUGAACAAUAAAGGCAAUAAUG